GCCGACCGGCGUGAAGGGGAAAAAGACGCCAAUUUCAGCAACAGGACGUUGUCACCACCUAAGGCCAUUCCAACACGAUACUUUUGUAUGCCACCAUCGCCUCAUCAACAGCAGGUAAGUCGAGCGCAGCAACAGGCGCGAUGCCCGGAGGGAUGUGGUCGGUCGAAGUGGAGAGUCACAUGUCGGAUUAGAAGUCUGUCCUUCUGGAAAGUAGGGUUAGCACCUCUGGAUGCUGAGUGUUGCCGAACCCGCGCCGUGAUCGCUGCUUUGACUGCUGAUAUGCCCCAGCCAGAAGGUAGUGGUGGAUGUGACGUCAACGCGCGCCAUGGCAAGACUCUCUGCCGUUGGGCAGUGGGUGGCUCCUGCUUAGUGCCUGCUCAUCAUCGCCUCUGUGUUGGCACUGCUGUGCCCUUUGGUGAUGAAAGCUGGUGGCGAAGGAUGGCUGUGCACUCGGUCGGGCUGGCUGUAUGCGAGGGGGGCGCAUCUGGUGAGUAUGCGGAGUUGCUCUCGACCCAAAUUGCCUCGAUGCGUGCUUCUCUCGCAUGCUGGUGCUCAUGAAGAGGUGAGGUAGAGGGGAAAUGUCGAAUUGAGAAUCAAAUGGAAGAUCGACAUUCGAGCUGCCGGGGUCCAGACUCCGGGCUCGGGGGGUAUCCGUUGGUUCGCACUGAUGCGGUGAUGAUGAUCUUGCCAGUUGUUUUGGCGUUGUCCCGCGUCUGUUGCCGGUCGCGCAGUGGACAUUUUGGCUGGCCGAUGCCUGUGAGCUACAACCAUAUGAGAUUGUGCAUGCACCAACUUCGCUUGGCAGAGAGAAUACCUGACUGAUUUGCAGUCAUAUCCACCCUCUUGGACUUCGCUAUCGAAAAAAUCGUCGUCGUCGCCAUUGUCUAGGACGAUCGUCCCGGACAUUGGCUUCCGUUCGCA